CCGUGGAGUGUUAUGGUGAGACCAAGAUGGCGGCGGAGGUUGUGUCUGUCUGAGUUACUUCAUCUUUACUCCCUCCUCAGCCCUCCAGGGCCGCCCCUAUGUGCCCCACCCACGCCCACGCCCACGCCCACUACCCUCACGCCCAUCCUCAGCGCCUCAGAUGACCGCCCACGCGCCCACAAAGCCUCAAAACUGAGGAAAAAGCCGCUGGAAUUUGAGCGUUUGUGAGGGAGAAGCUUCAAGUGACAAGACUUAAUUAAUCUAAUUUUCCCCUUAAUUAAGUGUACCAGUGAGCGCUUAAGCGCUCACUACAGACAAUUUAACCAGUGUUAAGUGAGAGAUACUAUGUUAAGCCCCGGGAGAUAGAGCUUAACCUCGUGUUGAUAAUCUCCCUUAAGAGGGUUAUUUCGUGUUUUUUUUUUAUUUUUUUCGAUGUUUUGAGGGAGGUGUUGAUCCGAGGUCUUCAGGGAGCUUGAUGUUUGCAAGAGUUAAUGACCAGUAGCCGGGCCAGAAGCUGUGGGCGGGGCACACUGCGGAGACAUGGCUGACAGAAUGGCACGGCGCAGGGUCAAACUAUAUGCGCUGAACGCUGACCGCCAGUGGGACGACAGGGGUACAGGCCAUGUCACAUCCUCAUAUGUAGAACGGUUGAAAGGCAUGUCCCUCCUAGUGCGGGCUGAAUCGGACGGGUCAUUACUGUUAGAGUCAAGAAUCCAAGCAGAUACUGCAUAUCAGAAGCAACAGGGCACGCUCAUAGUGUGGUCAGAAGGAGAGAACUUUGAUUUGGCCCUGAGUUUUCAAGAGAAGGCCGGCUGUGACGAAAUAUGGGAAAAAAUAUGUCAGGUACAAGGGAAAGAUCCCAGUGUAGACAUAACUCAAGACAUCGUCGAGGAGAGCGAGGACGAGAGAUUCGACGAUGUGUCAGACUCUAACCCCUGGGUCGAGUUACCCCCGUGUGAGAUAGGUAGAUUGGAAGACAUAAAUGAGGUGAUAAGCAAUUGUCUACACUCUCCUGUAAGGCGAGAAAAAUUAGCAAUAGCCCUAGAAAACGAGGGCUACGUUAAGAAGCUAGUGUCAGUGUUCCACACCUGCGAGGACCUGGAGAACAUGGAGGGUCUCCAUCUUCUCUAUGAAAUCUUCAAGAACAUCUUUCUGCUCAACAAAAAUGCCCUUUUCGAAAUUAUGUUUGCAGAUGAUACCAUAUUUGACAUCGUCGGGUGCUUGGAGUACGACCCAUCCUCGCCGUACCCAAAGAGACAUCGACAGUACCUUAAAAGUAUAGCUAAGUUUAAGGAGGUAAUCCCCAUAGAAAACAGUGAGCUUCUAAGUAAGAUUCAUCAAACGUAUCGUGUACAGUACAUCCAGGACGUGGUCUUACCCACCCCAGCGGUGUUCGAGGAGAACAUGUUGUCUACACUCUCAUCCUUUAUCUUCUUCAACAAAGUGGAGAUUGUUUCUCUCAUACAGGAAGAUGAAAGAUUUUUGAGCGAGUUGUUUCACCAGUUGGGUGGUGACGAGGACGUACCAACGGAAAAGCGGCGAGAUCUCGUCCUGUUUCUCAAAGAGUUCUGUACUUUUUCACAAACCCUCCAGCCUACCAGCAGAGAAGCGUUCUUUAAAACUCUGUCCAGCCUGGGGGUCUUAUCAGCGCUGGAGAUCACUCUAGGGCUCGACGAUGCUGUCAUUAAAGCUGCCUCCAUAGACAUUCUCAGUUACAUCGUGGAGUUCUCCCCGUCCAUGGUGCGGGAGUACAUGAUGCAACAGCAGCAUAAAACAGAGGAGGAACAGUACCUGUUAAACAUCAUCAUUGAACAGAUGGUGGUGGACUCGGACCCUGAGAUGGGAGGAGCAGUCCAGUUAAUGGGCAUCCUGAGGAUUCUAAUAGAUCCCGAGAACAUGAUGGCCACCGUCACCAAGUCUGAGCGAGCGGACUUCCUCGCGUUCUUCUAUAAACACUCCAUGCACUACCUUGUGGCACCACUACUAUCCAACACGGUUGGCGACGAGGUGGGUCGCGAGGACUACCCCUCGGCACAGCUCCUGGCCCUCAUUCUGGAACUGCUAGCCUUCUGUGUGGAGCACCACACAUACCACAUCAAAAACUACAUAGUCCAACGAGACCUGCUCAAACGAAUCCUCGUCUUGAUGAAGUCCAAACACACAUUCCUUGUGCUUAGUGCUCUUCGGUUUAUGAGGAAGAUCAUCGGCCUGCGCGAUGACUUCUACAACCGUCACAUCAUCAACUCCAAUCUCUUCGCGCCAGUCGUUGACGCAUUUGUCCGUAACAACGGCAGAUACAACCUCUUGGACUCUGCCAUCAUUGAGAUGUUUGAGUACAUCAAAGUGGUGGGUAUUGUCGUGAUGGCAGUCUGUACUCUUCACAGGAAACCUGAACUUAGAUUCAACUAUCUUGCCUGUGUUUUAGAUUUAACCAUUUAUUGGUGUGUUGCGGUGCUCAUUUGGUAUAUUACAGUGAUCGUUUGGUAUACUGCAGUGAUCAUUUGGCGUGCUGCAGUAAAUAUUUGGCAUACUGCAGUAAUUAUUUGGCAUACUGCAGUAUUCUGGAUAAUAACAUCACAAGUCCACCACUUACAAUUAUUCCUACACAUUUCAGACAAAGUCGAGAAGGAGAACGGGGCUAGCAAGAUGCUGGGUGCCACUGGGAAGCAAAGCUUACUACUCAACAAUGGGAAUAAGGAUAACAAUAACAGUGCAACGACGCUCUCUCCCGAGGGCAACAAGUCUCCCGUCCCCGCCCGCAAGAAGGUUAGUCUUGUGGCAUAUGAUGAGAAUUCAGAUGAGGAAGAUGAAGAGGAAGAGGAAGAAGAGCCUGGUGAAGAGGAUCAGGAAGAAGAGGAGGAGGAGGAGGAUGGUAAUGUUCCGUCUGCAAAGAGAGCAAGAUUAAGCAGUGACUGAGGGUGUACAAGUGGCUGAAUCAGCAGUCAGUUAAACUUUGGGUUUGGCCGUGGUGCAGUGGGCAGGGUAAGGUACCACCAGGGUGCACCGAGUGUCGCCACACCCCCACGGUCGUGCCCGAGGCAGAGAGGCAGGCACCCGCCGGAACCCGCCUCACCGCCUGCCUUCUCCGUGUUGCCCGCCCAUGACAGUGUACUCUGAGGCAAUGAUUGCCAGCAGCCUAACACUGCCACCGGCCCAUCCAAGCUGCACCCACUGCCCGCCCCGCCCACCUCGUGUACAUAGCCCGCACAAUGCCUCACACCCAUGUGUACAAAUCCUUCUGUAUAUGUGAGCCAGCAGCAGCAGCAGCAGCAGCUCUGGGCCCCACUGGACCCAUGCCACCAUGACCAAGAAAUAGUGGACAUUUUAAUGGAAUAUUUUUAUAUAGUGUAAAAUUGUUAUUGACAGUGUUAGUACUAGUGUGUGUGCUGAGGGUCUAAACAUGGUAGUGAGGCUGGACUACAAUGGCAGUAGAUUUACACAGACUUGAGGACUGCUAGCUCUCACUGCUCCAUGCAUCACACAUCCCGUUGCCAUGCGUGCGAGGGACUUCCUGUGUGAGUUUGCCAGAUGUGUAUGCGUUCAGUGCAAUCCCCCCCCCCCUUCCUCCCCCUUCCCAAGAGGACGCCACCACCAGUCGACGGCGAGGGACAGACACAACGCUCGAAGGCCUUGCCAGACUUAAUAACUGUGCCUGGGCUGUGAUGCUCCCCACGCUGCUCCUCCAACCCCCCACACAUCCUGGCACACCUGACCAGCAGCUAAGAUAAUUUCAGUAUUGGGUUCCACAACUUUUAGUACCUGUUGUCUCGCGUGCGAGAGAGAGAGAGAGAGUCCAUCGUUAAGUAAUCGGUGCUGAGGAUGCACACAAAGAGGAGCAAGCUGGGCGGAUAAGAUGGCAACAGCAGUUUAUGGUAACACAGAAAUGCAUUUACAAUCAUCAGAGAAUGUCGUCAUCAGCCAUAUCAUUAUCAUUUUAAACUUCACAUCUCAUCCUUUUUUUGUCUUAAGAACAUUCACUUUUUUAAAAGUCCAUCAUUAUGGCACUUAAUGAAGGCAUGUAGAGGCAAUAUUUUCUCCUUGUAUCUCUUUUCUUACAAAAACUGUAAAGUAAAUUUCCACAUGCCACCAUACUAAUACCUUGAUUAUUAAGGAUCCAGCUAAAAAAAAUUCACACAGUAUUAGUUAAGUUUUAUGCAUUUUUCUUGGUUUGUUAAUCUGGACCUUGAAAUACAUGCACAAACUGUAAUAGCAGAUAAAAAAUUUGACCAAACUCCCAGAUGUUCAAGGUAUUGUACUCAGGAAUAGUGCUGUAAAAUACAUAUGAGUCGAGCCCACACUAGCAUAGGUUAAACUUGAUCCUCAGUUCUAACAUUGGAGUAACAUGCUAAUCAGAGUUCCUAAUAUUUGUUACAAUUUUAGGGUUUUCUUAUCAAAUAUAUAAAACUUGGUGACUCCAUUGUUUUUUCCCUUUUGACAUGGUACGUAUUUUGGUUAGCCUUUUUUUUUAUCCUUGGAGAGUUUAAAGGUUUGAGCAGAGAACAUCUCUGGACCACUGGUCCGUGUUCCUUAGCAUCAAGGGGUCCCAUUUACAAAAUUAAAGACAGGAUUUUAAUAUCCAGUCCCAGUUUACAAAAUUAGACAAAUUAAUGGUCUUGUAACUGUCCAUAUAACCAGGUAGUUUCCCCAAGGGUGCCAAGUGUAAGGCUUGUAUCACUAUAUAAUUUAUUAAACAUUAGAAAUUUCACUGUCCAAAAAGGUUUUUUCCAUUUGUAAAGUAUAAAAAUGUACGUUUUAUUUUGAAUGUUACAAGACUUUUUGAUAAUGUAUGUAGCUACAGUUAUGUCUGAAGUUCAAAGUGGAGAAGCUACAGGUGGUAGAAUUGCUGAUAAGAAUGUGAAUGAAACAGUGUGUGAUUUAUGGUAUUUUAUUGAGAACAUCAUAACAUUACUCAUUGUUUCACAUUCACAGAGGCUACAAGUGUACCAGAAUUUGUAUACAGUAUUGUAUUAUUAAUUUUAAUUAUUACUUUUUAUAUUUUUGAAGAUAGUGGAGCAAGAGAGAAUAAUUGUAAAUGCCAUUGUGGAUUCGCUACUAUUUUAUAAGGGAAUACAACCACCAUCAUUGUGAAGGCUAAGCCCCAGCUCUUUACUUUCAAUUAUGAGAAAAUUAUAUAUUUUAGUUUUAGUACUUUGUACAUAAUGGAUUAUUAAUGGGAUUUUGAAUUAAAAUCCCAUUAUUGACUUAACUGUGAUAUGUUGUCAUCAGAAUUCCUUGUUUUUUUGUAGCACACACAUUACACUACUGGUCGAUUACCAAUCAGAAUGAUCAUCUGUGCACUUUAUUUCCCAAGCUGGUCUGGACAACCCUCGAUUUUCUUGUAGUUUAGUCACCGUUUUCAUCCUCCGGGGCCCUGGGGCUUGCCUGUCACAGUGAGCCGAGGCUGCCACCUCCACCAUCAUCAUCACCUGUCAUCGAGCCAUCAAUCACCCACCAUUGUCACAGCAGCACACACAGUUCGUACGCCGCUGUCUUCUCCAAGCUGUCAGUCUUUGUUAUACAGUACGAGGCCUCUUUUGUAGAAACUUAUACAGAGAAAUACUGAAUAAAAUGGGACUAAUU